AUGAGGGGAAAAUCUGGUUCAGGAGAUGAUGAUUUUGUAGUAAAUCCAAAAUAUGAGCACCUUCUAUGGCUGAAGCCCUUUAUAAUCAGCAGGCAAAGCUCUGGAAAUUUUAAGCUGUCUGAUAAGAACAUUAAGAAGAGUUCUACGUCUGAUCAACCACCUGUGUCUGAUAAUGUUGAUUCCAGUGAAGAAUCACAUGAUUCAACAAACUCAGACGAAGGAAGUGAUGACAGCAUUGCCAGUGUUCAGAAAACUGUUAAUCAAACUGUGGAUGAAAGCAUAUGUACAACAAAAGAUAGCACCAAUAAAGAUA